GCGUCUUUCGCAAUAACGGCCCCGCAGAGCUUAUUUGACAGUCUUAUGUCCGCCGAAAUGUGGCCAUCCGGGACAGAAGUCAGCGAGUGGUUUCGAGGCGGCACCGGGCGCGCGAGGCGCGCUCGCCCCUCCCGCCGCGCCCCCGCCACAUCCAACACCAGCGCGGCCUUAUCAGCGCAAAGCAUCCCAAGAAGUCAUAACUACAUGUCACCACAAUAUUAGAGGCCUUAAUAGUAAAACUAGACAAUUAGAAGUAUUGCUGGCCGACGAGCUACUCUGUGACGUGCUAAUUCUAACCGAACAUUUUUUACGCGACUACGAAAUUAUAUCUGUAACAUUAACUAAUUUCGACCUUAUUUCGUACUACUGUAGACCGAAUAUCGAACGCGGAGGUAGCUGCAUUUACGUUAAGUCGCAUAUCAAGGCUAUAAAUAGACCCGAUUAUUGUGAUUUAUCCCGGGAACAAAUAUUCGAUGUAUGUGCUAUAUAUCUCGUAAACGAAAAUAUUUUAAUUGUGGGAAUAUAUCACUCUAAUCUCACUAGCCAUACUGAAUACUUAAAAUUGUUCGACGCGUUACUAACCAAGAUUAACGACGACAAAUUAUCAGCAAUAAUAAUGGGUGAUAUAAACAUCGAUUUACUAAACAAUACUUCGAUAAAAAGACAGCUGUUAGACAUACUAAGUUCACACGGGUUCAGUCAGUACGUCCAAGAUGUGACCAGGCGAGACGGUACAAGUGCUACCUUACUGGACCACGCGUACUGUAACAUUCGCGACGACCGAGUAGCCGCCACCUGUAUAGACACUAAUCUGAGCGACCACGCAGCUCAAAGGUUAACCGUCCCGCGGCCCCCCCGCCAUGCAACACCUGCACCGAUAACAAAACGAGUUUACAGUAAUAAAAACAGAGCAUCUUUUGUUUCCGCAUUGGAUUCUAUAGAUUGGAAUAGGAUAGUAACUACUUAUCUUAGUGACUGUAACACCUUUGCAAAAAAAGUAAUAAUAAUUUUAACAAACUUACUGGAUAUCCACAUACCAUUAAAAAAGAUCAUACCACAACGUAAAGUCUGCCCCUGGAUAGAUUCUGAAAUAAUUGAACUCAGACUUUUAUCAAAUGAACUGAGUAACCUAUCAAAAAAAUUCCCUCAUAACACCUCAUUGAUUCAGUCCUCCGAGAAAGUACUAAACUCUUACAACCGGGAACUUAAAGCUAAACGUACUGCUUAUUUCAACUCUGUAAUCACUAACAACCCUAAUAAAAGCAAGGCUAUGUGGUCAGCCAUAAAUACUGAAUUAGCUCGGAAGGCUCGGGAGCGCGUCGAUUACACCGAGCUGCUGGUGGACAGCGCCAACCGCCCGUUCGCGACCAAACAACAGGCGGUGGACGCCCUCAAUCACGAGUUCGUAUCGGCCGCUGCCGCGUGCGGAGCGCCCGCGGCCAACCGCGGCCGUUGUAUAACCGCACUAUCGCGCGGGUAUGGCGCAAGUGACUCUUCCAUGAGACUUAAGCCAUUCACUCACGACGAGGUUGAAAGCAUUUUUAAAAACUUAAUUGCCUCUAAAAAUAGCACAGACACUUACGGCCUAUCCUCCAAGUUAUUAAAACAAGCCAGCCCUUCAAUAUGUCACGUACUCGACCAAUUGUACAACAGUUGCAUGCGAUCGGGGGUGUACCCGGAUAGCAUGAAAAAGGUUAAAAUAUGCCCAUUAUACAAAGGAAAAGGUAAAAAAUCAGCUAUCAAGUCGUACCGCCCAAUAUCCUUAGUACCAGGCCUUAGUAAAUGUUUUGAAGUUGGCAUAAAUAAAAGGUUGCUUAAUUUCUGGACACCAAGAAACGUACUAUCCGAUAACCAAUACGCCUACCGUAGCGGCCGGUCCACCACCGAUCUAGUGCGAAAAGUGGUGCGCUGUGUGAUGAGCGCCCGCGAGGCAAGACGACCGGUAGCGGUCAUAUGCUGCGAUCUCUCGCGCGCGUUCGACACUGCGGACCACUCGCUUAUCGCUGACAAACUCGCCCACUACGGGAUCCGCGGUCCGGCGAGUCAAUAUCAAGUAGCAAUGUUUACGCGAACGAACAUCGAGAUAUUUAAACGAAAGGGUACCAAUUCCAAGUACAAUCUCCGCAGCAAUAAACACCAUAACAGACUUGUUGCCGAAGCGCACAGACUUGCUAAGUCAGAAAGACAUAUUUACCACCUAGGACCCGCCGUGUAUAACCGCUUGCCUGACAAUAUAAGAGAUGCAGCUACCACCGCCAUUUUUAAAGCCAGAUUAAAAAAGUGGCUAUUGCUUGAAUUGUUUUACGAUUACGACGAAUUCUUUGAAUUGCCGUUGACACUUUAAUAGUACGAUAAAUAU